AUGGCCGAUCAUCAUGUGGAUGAGCCGCCCAAUAAGCGGCCCAAAAUGAUGCGGGACCCAUUCCAGGGUCCAUCAGACACCGCGGAUGGGUUUUCAAACCUAGACAUGUUCGACCUGGAAAAAGAUCUCCCCGAUGAGCUUAUGGGGGGUGCCUGGGGAGAACAGCCUGGUGUCACCGGUCCAAAGCCCCCCGCCCAAGGUCCUGGGCCUGGGGGGCAAAUGGGCCCACAGCAGCUGAAUGGGGAUGACCCUACUGCUGCUAUGCAAAGACAAAUCAAUAAUCACCUUAUACAACAAGGCAAUAAGAGUGGCUUAGUUGGCCACAACAACUCGUUAAGUUUGAGUCUAGGUAGUAAGAGUCCUAAUCUUCAGUCGCCACCCAAUGUCUCUGUCUCUAAGGAUCUCAUGGGUGGCAUGCAUCAGCAACUCAUACCAAAUACGAGUCACCCAAAUCAACUUCAUUCCAAUAUGCCUAUGAGUUCUAUACAAGGUAUGAACGUAGCAAACGUUGGAGGAAACAUGGUAGUUACAAACAGUAACAUGAGCGGCGCUGGCAUGCUGGGUGGUGGUAUUAUAAACAAUGUUAACAAACAAUUACCCACGCAUAUGGGCAACAACCACCAUCCGAACGCGCAGCAUCAUCCUCAUGCACAGGCAAUGCAGAACGGCCCAUUGGGUGGACGAAUGGGUGUCGGGGUCGGAGUGGGCAUGCAAGUGCCAACUCGUUCGGGCCUCGGUCAAGGUGUGCCCGUGCACGGUUUGGGCAACCAUGGAGCUAGAGGUGCCGGCGGAGGGCACCCCCUCGUCCCGUAUCAUCCUGCGUACGGUCAACCGGCAGCUAGUGCGGGCGUCGCCGCCGCACAGAGAGCAGCGGGAGUGAGAUUCGGUCCUCCACCGGAGGCGGGGGGUGGGGCUGCUCAGGCCGUGCCCCCCGCGCCCUCUCCGCAAACACCCGGUGCGCCGGCUGGUGGACAGUCACAGCCUCAGGCGGCCACGCAAUCUGCGACGGCCCCCACUCAACCGAACACCGGGUCCAUCGCCGACCCGGAGAAGAGGAAGCUCAUUCAGCAGCAACUGGUGCUGCUGCUGCACGCGCACAAGUGUCAGCGGCGCGAGUCGCAGUCGAAUGGCGACGCUUGGACUUGUACCCUACCCCACUGCAAGACAAUGAAGGGAGUUCUCAACCAUAUGAUGUCAUGUCAGGCGGGGAAGAACUGUGCAGUACCUCAUUGUUCAUCAUCAAGACAAAUCAUCAACCAUUGGAAACAUUGCAAUAAGAAUGAUUGUCCUGUCUGUCUACCUCUCAAACAAGCUGAUAGGACAAGAUCUAACAAUAUGAAUGCGGCAGCGGUGUCCCACGCAACGACGGGUGUAGGCGUGGGCGUGGGAGUGGGAGUUAGCGGCGUAGGCGGAACCAACGCUGGCGUGGGCGGAGUCAGCGUCAACGUGAACGCUCAGCAGCCUAACUCCUUACCACCUGUUAACCCUCUUUCAGCAGGUGCAAGUGUAGCAUCUAACGCGACGGGAGCAAGUUCCGUCGGAAACGUUGGCGUGGGCAACGUAAACGUGGGCGUGGGAAACGUCGGUGCCGUUCCAGAAUUAAAGCGUGCUUACGAAGCGCUAGGCCUAGGCAUUUGUCCCACAUCGGGGAUGGGGUUUGCGCGCGCGCCUCUCACCCGCCUAGCUGCACCCCGUCCACCUGCACUGUCUGAUGUGCUGCCGCAUCAGCAGCAGCAGCAAUUAUUUGCACAUCAACCUGACCCCCAACAACAGAUGAGCACAGGGACGCUACAACUGGGCGGGCCGGUGACGGCUAAUCCUGUGCCGGGCACGAAGGAGUGGCACCAGUCUAUAACACCUGAUCUCAGAAACCACCUUGUUCAUAAACUGGUCCAAGCUAUCUUCCCCACGCCCGACCCCACAGCAAUGCAAGACAAGCGGAUGCACAACCUAGUGGCAUACGCGAGGAAAGUGGAAGGUGACAUGUACGAAAUGGCUAGCACGCGCUCCGAGUACUACCACCUGCUCGCCGAAAAGAUAUACAAGAUACAGAAGGAGUUGGAAGAGAAGAGGCAGAAACGAAAGGAGCAGCAGCUACAAGCGCAACAGGCGCAGCAGCAAAAUCAACUGCAGAACCAGACCGGUGUGCUGUCCGGAGGCGGUGUCAUGGGUGUCCGCCCCACGGCACCGGGGGUCGUCGGCCUCGGUGUGGGUGUCAGGCCAAACCUGCCCGCCCAGCCGAGCCUACCCGCAAUGCGCAUUCCCUCCCCUGGCAUGAAUCUGCCUAUGUCAACCAAUAGAAUGACUUACCAGCCUAAUCUUGUUGGGCCACCUGGCCCGAGUCCUAAUCAGAUGCCUCAGACACCCAACGGCGGCACAGUCGGCGUGGGUGCAAUGAGCAACCCGGGCAUGUCUCCCUUCGGACAACCCAUUCCGUCGCCUGCGCCUCAAUACUCUUUACCUAGUAACGGGCCGGCGCCUUCGCCGUCCCACCAGCCCGAUAUGAAGCGCCUCGCGAGCCCCUUCAUGACGAACACCUUCCGCGAGCUGCCGGGCUCCCCCGCGCAGACCGGAGCGCCGGCCACUCCUGUCCCACUUCCUCACGUAUCUCCAGCGCCCCCCGCCCCUCCUGCGCCAGCGCCGGCUCCGCCAGUUGCCGAACCUCCCGCGACGCCGGAGAUCAAACGCGAACCGGAAGACAUCAAGAUAAAAGAGGAGGAAGAAGAAUGCGGGGGUAAAGGUGUGCGCAUGGAGAGGGACAACGAUGUGACGGAUAGGAGCGAUUCGUUCGCGCCAGAAAUAAAGAAAGAGAUCCCGGAAGUGAAACCGGAGAUCAAGCGAGAGAUAAAGGAGGAGCCGGAGAGCACCACCGGCGAGACAACCGUCGAUCGUGGACCCAAGAAACCCUUCACGUUCAAACCUGAGGAACUGCGGCAAGCGUUGAUGCCGACGCUGGAAAAACUGUACAGGCUAGAACCGGAGGGGGUUCCAUUCCGACAGCCGGUGGACGCGGUCACUCUCGGCAUACCAGACUACUUUGACAUCGUGACGAAGCCUAUCGACCUGUCCACCAUCAGGAUGAAAUUGGACCACGGCGAGUACAAGGAUCCGUGGGAGUACGUGGACGACAUGUGGCUGAUGUUCGACAAUGCGUGGCUCUACAAUAGGAAGAACUCUAGGGUUUAUCGAUUUUGUACUAAGCUGUCAGAGGUGUUCGAAGCGGAGAUAGACCCGGUGAUGCAGUCGCUGGGCUUCUGUUGCGGGCGAAAGUACACCUUCAACCCGCAAGUGCUUUGCUGCUAUGGCAAGCAGCUCUGCACGAUACCGCGGGACGCCAAGUACUUCUCCUAUCAGAACAGUCUAAAAGCAUAUGGGGUUGUGUCCGAUAGAUACACCUUCUGCCAGAAAUGCUUCAACGACAUUCAGGGCGACACCGUUACGCUCGGCGACGACCCGCUACAGCCGCAAACGGCAAUUAGGAAAGACCAGUUCAAAGAAAUGAAGAACGACCACUUGGAGCAAGAGCCGUUCGUGGUGUGCUCGGACUGUGGCAGGAAGCAGCACCAGAUCUGCGUUCUGCACCACGACCAAAUAUGGCCGCAGGGCUUCUGCUGUGAAAACUGUCUCAAGAAGAAAGGGGGCAAACGGAAAGAUAACAAGUUCAGCGCCAAAAAGUUGCCCACGUCGAAGCUAGGAAUAUUUAUUGAGACUAGAGUGAAUAAUUAUCUUAAGAAAAAGGAGGCGGGCGCUGGCGAGGUGCAUAUCAGGGUGGUCGCGUCGUCCGACAAGAUUGUAGAAGUAAAGCCCGGAAUGAGAUCUCGUUUUGUGGAGUCUGGUGAACUCUCGUCGGAGUUCCCAUACAGAGCGAAAGCGCUUUUCGCAUUUGAAGAGGUGGACGGGAGCGAUGUCUGCUUCUUUGGGAUGCACGUGCAGGAAUACGGAAGUGAGAGUCCGUCGCCGAACACGCGGCGAGUGUACAUCGCAUAUCUAGAUUCUGUUCAUUUCUUCAAACCGAAGCAGUACCGAACCGCGGUCUAUCACGAAAUUAUCUUAGGUUAUUUGGAUUACGCUAAACAAUUAGGUUACACUAUGGCCCAUAUAUGGGCGUGUCCGCCGUCGGAGGGGGACGACUACAUCUUCCACUGCCAUCCGCCCGAUCAAAAGAUACCGAAGCCGAAGCGACUGCAGGAGUGGUAUAAGAAAAUGUUAGAUAAAGGAAUUAUAGAGAGAAUAAUAUUAGAUUAUAAAGAUAUCCUGAAACAAGCAAUGGAGGACAGUAUCUCGUCGGCGGCGGAGUUGCCGUACUUUGAGGGGGACUUUUGGCCCAACGUGCUCGAAGAGUCGAUCAAGGAGCUGGAUCAGGAGGAGGAGGAAAAGAGGAAACAGGCGGAGGCAGCCGAGGCAGUGUCGUCGGAGGAAUGCGAGCAAGGGCCAGACGGAAAGAAAAAGGGACAGAAGAAGGCAAAGAAGUCGAACAAGUCGAAGGCCGCCCAGAGGAAAAACAGCAAGAAGCAGAGCGACCAGCAGCAGGGGAGCGAUCUCAGUGCGAAGAUUUUCGCCACAAUGGAGAAACAUAAGGAAGUGUUCUUCGUUAUCCGCCUACAUUCCGCGCAAUCCGCUGCUAGUCUGGCUCCCAUCCAAGACCCGGACCCCUUAUUAAACUGUGAUCUGAUGGACGGUCGCGACGCGUUCCUAACGAUGGCGCGCGACCGCCACUACGAGUUCUCGUCGAUGCGACGCGCGUACUACUCCACGCUAUGCAUGCUCUACGAACUGCACAAUCAAGGCCAGGACAAGUUCGUCUACACGUGCAACAGCUGCAAGUCGCACGUCGAGACCCGCUACCACUGCACCGUGUGCGACGACUUCGACCUCUGCGUGCCCUGCUACGACAAGGAGGGCCACCCGCACAAGAUGGAGAAGUUGGGCCUCGACCUAGACGUGGGCUCCUCUCCGGGAGACAUGAAGCAGGCGAACCCUCAGGAGGCGAGGAAACUGUCGAUCCAACGCUGCAUCCAGUCGCUGGUGCACGCGUGCCAGUGCCGCGACGCCAACUGCCGGCUGCCCUCGUGCCAGAAGAUGAAGCGGGUCGUCACGCACACGAAGAUCUGCAAACGGAAGACCAAGGGCGACUGCCCGAUCUGCAAGCAGCUCAUCGCGCUGUGCUGCUACCACGCGAAGCAUUGUCAAGAGAGCAAGUGCUCGGUGCCGUUCUGCAGCAGCAUAAAGCAAAAGUUAAAGCAGCAGCAGGUGCAACAGAGGGUGCAACAACAACAGCUGCUGAGGCGGCGGAUGGCGGCGAUGAACACGCGCGGAAACAUGGCCGGCCCGAGCUCGCCGCCUCCCGCACCUCUAGCUUCGCCUCCACCAGCCAAACCGGCCGCGCAUACGUUGCCACACAAUGUACAGAAGGCGUUGCAGCAGGUUCAAGAAGAAGCGGCUAGACAGCAGGCGCCGUCAUAUGGUAAGCAGGGCGCGAUGGGACCCCCUGGGGGCGCGAGGGCCGACUGGGCGGCGCGAUACCGGGGCCCGCCUCCGCUUCACCACGCGCCGCACCACGCACGGUUACCGCACCAUGCGCCGCACCCUCACCCUCAUCAUCAUCCGCACCAGCAGCAGCCGCAGCCGCAGCAAUUACAGCAACAACGAGCCGGAGCGCCGCAGCAAGCAAGUCAACCGCAACACAUGCAACAGAAAGCGCUGCAGCAGUUGAUGGCGACGCUCAGAUCUCCAACAAGUCCCAACCAGCAACACGAAAUACUGCAGAUCCUCAAGUCGAACCCCCCGCUCAUGGCCGCUUUUAUCAAACAAAGAGCGCAGAACGCCCAAAAUCAACAGCAAACGAGCGGCAAUGUUGGUGGCGUUGGAGCCGUGGGCGGGGUCGGCGUCGGAGGUGCCGUGGGCGUGGGCGGUGUGUCUCACGUGGGACUUGGUGGCCAGCAGGGUCAGCAGUUACAACAUAUGAUGCAGCCCCAACAGAGGUUGCAGCAGAUGCAACAUAUGCUACCCCAACAGCAACAGGUCGGAGGCGUAUCGAACGUCGGCGGUGUCGGUGGCGUGGGCGGCGUCGGCGGCGUAUCGAACGUGGGCCUCGGUGGAGUGUCCGGUGUUUCGGGCGUGUCCGGCAUGUCUGGUGCCGGGUGGUUUAAGCCGAACGCGGGCGCGGUGGGCGGCGGCAUGAUGCCCAUGCGCGGCGCUUACGCCCCGGCCGCGGCGCCAAGACUCGCCGCGCGCUACUUCCCUGCGGCGUCGCCCCCGGCUACGCCAUCCCCGCGUCCGCCCACGCCCUCCGAGCUGCUGCUCAUGCGGCAGUCGCCCGCUCCGCCCGCCCCGCAUCCGCCACCCGACGAUCAACUGCCGCCGAUGACGCCCCAAGACCAACUCACAAAGUUUGUCGAACAGUUGUAG